AUUCCGCUUCAGUGAAAUAACAAACUGUGACGACGCAAUCGAUGAAAUAAAGGUACAUCACCUCGAUCAGGACAAUAUUGGUUCAAAUUGAUCAACGUAGUGGUCACCAUUGACGUCCAAGACUAGAGUGGUUUCAGAGUGUGAUCAAUGAAUGUGAUUCCAUCUACACAACCUGUAGGUAAUUUGCGACACGUUUGAUCUUUUCUUAUGACCAGUGGAUUUGAAUUCUUGCCGCCAGUGAUAUUUGUGAUCUUGAUUUAGACAUGGAGGCGGUUGCUCGACACGAUUUUACCGCAGGAGCAGAAGAUGAACUUAGCUUCAAGAAAGGCCAAACCUUAAAGUUGUUGGAAUCCACAACGGGAGCUAAAAAUUGGUUGCGUGCUGAAAGUAAUGGACGGGAAGGACUAAUACCAUCAAACUAUGUCAACCCUAAAGAUAAUUCCUGGUUUGUCGGGCAAUUGAAGAGAAACAUGGCGGAAGAAUACUUGGCAAUCAUGCCUAAUGAUGGCGCCUUCUUAAUAAGAGAGUCAGAAAGCACUCCCGGAGACUUCUCUCUCUCAGUAAAGUAAGUGAAUUCCUCACUACUGUUAUUACCCUGC